ACACGCUGCACGCUUCAGCAUAUUUUAAAUUUACAAUCAAAAAUUCAUUAUUUUACACAUUUUGAAGAGUUUUUGAGAAGAAGUAAGCAAAUCUUUGGUAAGACAUGUCGGUGGAUCAAGAAAUGAAAGACGCCCAAAACGGUUUGGAUGAAAAAAAAGAACGUUCAAAAGAAGAGCUCUCUAAGGCAGAACUUGAAAAACUAGCUCUUGAAGACUUCAAAGAGCAUGUGAAACAUGUAGAAAAAGGUGUCAAUAACAAAGAGCCACAUUUCAUUUUGAGGGUUUUGAGAUCUCUUGCUUCUGCAAGGAAAAAACUGAAUCAUUUUUUGUUACGAAAACUUAUUUCAGGAUACUUCAUUCAAGCAUCCCAUGCAAAGAACGAGCUUCUCAAGUUCUUAGAUGAGCCAAUGGAAACUAAUUUAUCUGUGCCUUAUCGGCCUCGAACUGGGAAAGCUGCAUUGAUGCCAGUACUACCAGAAGUGGAAUUUUAUUUUCAUCUUUUAGUUGUGAUUCAUUUGAUUGAUACAAAGUCUUAUGAACAGGCGCUAAAGUGCUCCACAUUGCUUUUGAAAAAAUCGGAGUUACACAACAGGAGAACGUUAGAUCUCAUCUUGGCGAAAUGUUACUUCUAUCACUCGAGAGCGUAUGAAUUGCUUGACAGAUUUGAUGAUGUCCGCAGUUUCUUCCACCACAAACUUCGAACGGCGACAUUGAGGCACAACAUCGAGGGACAGGCUACCAUUCUCAAUUUGUUAUUGCGAAAUUAUCUUCACUACAAUCUUUAUGAUCAGGCUGAUAAGCUUGUCUCGAAGUCUUCCUUCCCGGAUACUGCAUCGAACAGUGAAUGGGCAAGAUAUUUAUAUUACACAGGAAUCAUAAAAGCAAAACAGCUGGAUUAUUCUGAGGCACACAAGAAUCUAAUACAAGCGAUAAGAAAAGCGCCACAGUUCUCAGCUGUCGGAUUUCGGCAAAUUGCGCAGAAGUUUGCGAUUGUUGUUGAAUUGCUUCUUGGUGAGAUUCCAGACCGAGCUACGUUUAGAGAUCACGCCCUAAAAAAGACAUUAUUUCCGUACUUCCGACUGACCAAAGCUGUGCUUGCUGGAGAUCUGGGCCAAUUUAACGAUGUCAUCGUAAAUUACAAAGAAAAAUUCAUUGCCGAAAAAACAUAUACCUUGAUAAUUAGAUUGCAUCACAAUGUGAUCAAAACUGGCAUACGCAUGAUCAGUCUUUCGUAUUCCAAGAUAUCCCUAGAAGAUAUUGCCGCGAAACUGCAGCUCGAUAGCCCCGAAGAUGCCGAAUUCAUUGUAGCCAAGGCUAUAAGAGAUGGUGUGAUUGAAGCUACCAUUGAUCACGAACAAGGCUUUGUGCAAUCAAAGGAAAUUAUCGACUUAUACUCCACCAACGAACCGCAAGCUGCAUUUCAUCAAAGAAUCGCGUUUUGCUUGGACAUAUACAACCAAUCGGUUAAGGCGAUGCGUUUUCCACCGAAGUCCUAUAAUAAAGAUUUAGAAUCCUUGGAGGAGCAGAGGGAACGAGAGAAACAGGAUCUUGAAUUGGCAAAAGAAAUGGCCGAUGAUGACGAAGAUUCCUUUCCGUGAACGUGGACCAUAUAAUAUAGGAUCUCUCUCUUACCAUUGUUUAACUUUUUAUUCUUCUCAUUUACAAUUUUAUCUAAACGAAAUCCACUUUGUUACUUUUUUCA